AAGUCGUUUUUGUAGUUUUAGAGUAGUCAUGUUUACUAUAAAGUCACUUUUGGUCUUGCUUUACGUUCUUGUAGUAUCUGGGUCAAUUACGCUAAGUGGAUCAGAUCCAAAAUCGCAAUUGUUUGAAAGUUCAAGGGAUUUGAGCCAGAAAUUAAAUAAUGAGCUUUCUUACUCAAAUGCUAUGGAUCGUCGUUUGAAAACGAAAGAAAGUAGUACUCUGGAUGAAGAAGGGCUAGAGUCCGAUGGAUUAGCAGAAAAGAAGAAGAAGAAGAAGAAAAAGGCGAGACGUAAGUCGACAGAGGAAGACGUAAAGGAUGACGUUAAUGACGAAAAACCGAAACUAAAAAAAGUCAAAAGUAAACGGAGUAAAAACUCCGAUGCAGAUUCAGAGGGUUUGAAAGAAGAUGAUGGUGAAACUGGUAAUUCGGCCUCUACAAAGUCUUCAAAGAAGAAAAAUCUGAGAAAAACGAAAACUAAAACUGAUGCAACUAGCGAAGAAGUGAACAAUACGAAAGAAACCGAGACUGUCUCACACCGUAAGAAAGUAAAGAAAUUGAAGCCAAAGGAAGACGAAAAGACGAAGAAGGAAGAAGAAGAAGAAAAGGAGGAAGAAGAGAAAAAGAAGAAGAUCGAGGAGGAGGAAGAAAAAGAAGAGAAGGAGAAGGAGAAAAUGGAGAAGGAAAAGAAGGAGGAUGAAGAAAAAGAAGAGGAAAAGGAUGAGAAAGAAAAAGAAAAAGAGGACGACGAUAAGGAAAAGGAAGAUGAUAACAAAGAGAAAAAGAAGAAGGAAGAUGAUGAUGAAGAUGAUGACGACGAUGACGACGAUGACGACGAUGACAAAGAAGAAGAAGAAGAAGAAGAAGAAGAAGAAGAAGAAGAAGAAGAAGAAGAAGAAGAAACCUCUUCGACCUCCCAGAAGAAAACCUCAAAGAAGAAGAAAUCAAAGACGUCCGAUUCGGAAAGCGACAAAAACUCCGUCGAAUCCACCGAUCGUCCUGUCGACGAGUUUCGUUCCGAUGAAUCCACAAUCGCAACCCCCACAGAGCAGCCCAGCGCUUCCGCCACAACGCAAUCCGAAGCGAACACCGCCGAACGAAGCGACAGCCCCGCUCUUCCCGACAGAGAAUCCUCGAAAGCCACACAAACCGAACCCAAAACUCCCCAAACCGAAUCCAAACUUUCACAAACCGACUCCAAACCCCACGAAGAGGAUCGCAAACCGACUCCUCCUUCCACUCUUCGCUCCGAAUCUUCUUCAUCCGCAUCUCAAUCCCAAUCCGCUUCUUCCGUCAUUUCUGGCAAGAUUUCACCGCGCCAGAAAGCUCCCCAAACUUCCCAAUCCAACCCCAUUUACUCCUUCCUGCCCCUCGAAUUCUCCCUCGCCAUCGAGGGCGAUUACAUCUCCGUCACGCCCGUCGUGAAAGACGGCGUUCGCAUGAAGCUCGCCUGCGUCAUCCUCCUCAACGGAGCCUCCUCGCCCAACAUCGCGAGUCUCCAGCGCCGCAUCAGCAUCAUGGGGCAGUGGGUCACGCACGAUGCUCCGCAGCUCCGCCUCGCCACGGCCGACAUCUCCACCGUGCGAGGAAUCAUCUGCAUGGGUCGCGACGAUCUCGUCUUCUACGGCCCCACCGAGCAGUCGAUCGAAGCCACGCCGCCGGAGCUCCCGGAGAUCCAGGCGCGGAUUCUCGAGGCCACGCCGGUGAGCUUGGAGCUGUUUUUAACGGCCUCGAUCGAGUGCAAAGUGUGGUGCAUCGCGAAGGAGCCGGCGGCGGACGCGCCGUCGGUGGAGCAGGUGAAGGACGGAACGUUUCGCUAUGUGCGGAACCGCGCGUCGCUGUUCUUCCAGGGACUCAAGUCCAACACGAAAUACGAUGUUUGGUGCCACGCUGAAACGCGAAAAGGCGUUUCGGCGAAGGAGUUAGUCCAGGUUCACGCGGAGACGGAUCCUGGUAUUGCGUUUGCUUCUUUGUUUUAACAAAUAGUGGAGUUCAAAGUGGUGGUCGAGGACGUGUCUCGAACCCUGCUUUCGUUCACCCUCGAAAACAAUCUUCAUCAAGACGCGCAAUGUUUGCUUCUCGACGCGGACUCCAAUCAAGUCCGCACCACGCGCGUCUCCUAUCAGCGGACCCAGCCGGUCCAAUUCUCUGGCCUUCACUCCCAUUCUCUGUAUUAUAUCCGCUGCGAAGUCUCGCUCCGCGAAAAGGGACGCAACACGUUCACUGUUUUAGCCGAAUCUGGACUCGUUCCGGUCACCACGCGCCGCAGUUUCUUCGCUACGCUUCUUCUCUCGCUCUUCACGCUGGCGUUCUUCACGCUGACCCUCGCAGGCGUUCUCUUCCUCAUCAAAAAGCUCCAAAGCCGCAGACUGAUCGGACUGUAGCGCCGCCAAUCGCUUGCUACUGCGUAGACGAUCCAGCGAUGAUUUGGAAUCGCAGCGGCUUCUGGACCAAACUCGAAAUGAAUCAAACCAGCGAGAGUCCGUCCGAACGCUCUCGGAGGAUAAUUCGUGGCGAUGCACGGCUUGUGAUGGAUUGGAGCGCGAUUGAGGGAUAGGUCAGUACCUGAAUCGCGGGAAUCACGCUGUUUGCAGCAUGUGCAAUACGGCGCGAAGCGGAACCGCGGGGGAAUCGAAAGAGGAAGUGCGUCCUGUGGUUGUGAAACGCUCGAAGAUCGGCGCUGGAUUGAAAUUGACGCGCGAUGUGAGCGCAGAUCGAUGGGAUGAGGAGUAGAAAAAGCAAAUUCGGAGGUCGCUGACGUCACAGCCGUCGGUUCCAGAGAAAAAAGAUGGAGUGGAUCUGUUUUCGGAAGUGGGAUUGGACAUGAAAGUGGAUAUUUCGUCGCUGGCGACGCAGAGCCAAAGCACGGCGCCGACUUCGAUUCGAGUGAUCGCUUCUCCAGCGAAUCCGAGCUCUCCGAACUUCAAACCGCAGUCAAUGGGUCAGUUUUUAGUAGAAAAGAAGAAGGGAAAAGAAGAAGAAGAGAAUAAUGGAUGGGAUGACGAUGAUUUAGACAUUU